GCUAUGGCUACAGAGGUUCCAGGAAACCACACGAAGCCAAGCUGGGCCACAGCUGAGAAGAGUGUCCCACACUCUGGAGGGACGCAGCAUGGAAGAACACCGGCCAGGACCACCACCACGGGGGAUCCACGCAGCCGGGUUCUGGGUGGCAACAGGCUCUAGGCUCCAGUAGCCCAGAUCCCUUUUGUGCCCAGCAGAUGCCCAAGUUUGGGAAUGGGGGAUCUGCGGAGGUGCUUAGCCAGCGGGGAAUAUGGCGUGUUGAAGGACUGUCCCCUUUAUGAAAGCAAUUUCAUGCAGGUUACCAAGACAGGGGAUGUAGCCAACAGGGUCACCAUGGGCAUUGCUGCCACCAGCCCAAGUCUGGAACUGCCUGAUCUCAUGUUGCUGGCACGACCAACCCCAAUAUCAAGUGGUCGGUACAGUAACAAUUCGGAUGCUGUGCCUCAGCCUGGAGAGGAACUACAACUUUUUGGGCUUCUGCCGUUGAAAUUUGUCCGGAUCUACAUUCAUGAUGAAACACGAUACCAGCUCAAAAUCCGCCUGGCCAAUGGCCGCACAUUCUAUCUGCAACUUCUGGCUCAUCCUCUCAAACAGGACGAGAUCUUUGGGCAGUGGGUACGGCUGCUCUACCGCCUGCGCUUUUACCGCACUGAUGCCCCCCUCGCCUAUGAACAGGGGAACACACUCCAACGCCACAAAACCUGAGGAGGAACUCAUAGCAGGAGGAAAAGAGAAUAUGUAUCCCAGGUGAGGAAGAAGAACCUUUGGGGAUCAUCUUAUCUGUCCCGCCAAAACUAAUACAGAACCAGGUUGCCCUCCCAGGCAGGCUUCCCAGUCUUGGACACCGUUCCUCCCUGUGAGAAGCUGCUGCAACAUCUGUAAGGAGGACACAAUCCCCCGCCCCGUCCCCCUUAAUAAAACCACUCAACAUAA